AUAAACUUGCUCACCAUGUUUAUACUAGCUAUAGCCACUGCAGUGGCUGUAGCCACCCUAAACCUAUUAAUAUCUGAAACAGCCCCAGACCCCGAAAAACUAUCACCAUAUGAGUGCGGAUUUGACCCACUAGGCUCAGCCCGACUACCAUUCUCCAUUCGGUUUUUUAUAAUUGCCAUCUUAUUCCUUUUAUUUGAUCUAGAAAUCGCUAUUCUACUACCCCUUGCAUGAGCCCUACAACUUACAAACCUCAUUAAAACAACAACAUGAGCUAUCAUUAUCUUUUUAUUUAUAUUUAUUGGUUUAGCAUACGAGUGAUCACAGGGGGGCCUAGAAUGAGCAGAAUAA